GAACAGAACAGAACCAACGCAGCCACAGAGAGAGAAGGUGGUGUUAGACAAUCUCCUUCCAUCUACGCCUGGAUGCCUUUAACUCAAAUCAAAUUAAAUAUACAAAAGCACUCGUUGCGGAAGGAGCGAGAAUCAAACAAGAAGAGAAGGUCUCAGUGCGAUCGAAGGAAGGCUUUCCCAAUAGCGGACACCGGCGUUUUACUGCGCUUCUCUCCGUCUCUGUGAUCAAUGAGCGUGUGUACCUUGCCACUGAGUUUAAUUGCAUGUAAAGAGAUCAGUGCGCAAAGUUGGUGAGACUUUACAGUCGUGUUGCACAUUUUUUUUCUUUGGGAAGGAUUUGUUUCUAGACUUGGUUUCUAUUCUGCCGUGGAUUUUAGAAUAGAUAGCUCAAUUUUCUUUGUCUUUUGGGUGAACGGUGAUUGGAUCUUACGUUUUUUUGUCUGAUGUACUGCUGCUGAGACUCACUGGAAACCAGUCCAACACUUUCAUUGAAAGGAUUCCUUCAAGUGGCGCAGCUUCCCUGCGUGGGAGAUAUGGAUUUGCUUUUGCUAUAGCCCAGACCAAGAAAUUCAAGCGGUUGGCUCUUUUGUCUUUUUCUGUUGUUAUUUUACUGUGAAACAGACCGAAAACUCACAUUUCAACGCAGCAGGCUACCCACCUUUGGAAAUACAACCAUGAACUUUGUUGUCACUUUGAUACAAAUCCUUUUUGCAGCAGUUCUUCAUAUUUCCACUAUAAAGACUGCUAGUAUAAACAAGGAAGACCAGAAGACGGUAAAAGGCGAUAAAAAUGUCGUGGUGUCCUUCAUGCAAGUGUUCAACAAGAGUCGCUGUCAGACGCGGGAGGUGCUGGUGGACAUCUACAAGGAGUACCCCGACAGGAUCGAGCACACCUACAUCCCCGCCUGCGUGAUCCUCAAGCGCUGCUCGGGGUGCUGCAACGACGAGGCCAUGGAGUGUGUUCCCACGCGGACUCGCAACGUCACAAUGGAGGUACUACAAGUCAGAGAGAAAGUAUCACAACAUCUUUCUCAAUUGAGUUUCGUAGAGCAUGAAGAGUGUGACUGCAGACAAAAGCCAGAAGUGAAAAUAAAGAAAGAAAAGGGCAAGGGCCAAAAGAGAAAGAGAAAGAAACAGAGAGACACUGCUGGGAUUGCUGAGGCCUAUGCCAGCUCCACAGGGUGCCUAGGCCAGAGCAUGGUGUCUCUCUUGAUGGUUGGCUUGCUAUCCAAGGAACUCUUUUGUUGAUGUGAUAACAAAACGAUUAAUCAGAUGUGACAAACCGCGGAGAUGAGAGGAGGUUAAGGGGGUGAGAGGGACAUUGGCAUGAAGGAACUAUUUUCUUGGCACAGCACUUUGAAACACGAGGAUGCAUUCCCUGCAUGGAGUUCAGAUGACAGCGGCAGAGAAAGUGAGCCGGAGAGAAGAACGCUUGGUGGAAACAGAGGUCAGACGGUUGUCUACGUACGUAACCACAGCUCCACCGUGAAGCUCCAGAGAGCCCCUCACAUAGUCCAAAACAGGAAAGAGGUGCGACUUCGGGCCCCGACCUCAGGGCACGCCCUCGGACCGGUUUGCGGACUCUCUGCCCUUUUUCACAGUUGAUCCUUCUCGAAUCACAUGACACAAAGCAAUCAUCUCCCAGGAAUUUGAAUCACGCGGCCCACAAGAUAAAGUGGGGCCGCCGUACGGACCAGGACUUGGAAGCGGACCCCAAUGGGUCCGCUACGAUGCUACGGAUACUUUGCCGGGCCCUCAAGGUGGAAUAGACACUCCAGGUCACCUUGAACUGAAUCACAUGUUCCAGACCCAGAGAAAGACACAGAAAUAGUUCCCUCUCUGAUGUGAUGUCACCUCCAUGGGGUGAUAUGUGUUCAUCACUACUGUACUGACUAACACCCAAUAGGAUUCGGUGUGGAUAAAGAAAUACUUCAUAAGGGAUAUUAAUACAGGUAUAUAUGGAGAGAAAAUAGUGAUUAGACAAGUUGAUUGCAGUCUCCACGAGUAAGAGUGGAUCUCAAUGCGCCACUGAAGAAACUGGUUGACCUCCGCUUUUCCUUAUUUAAAUUGUAUGCUAUGUAUGUUUUCCAAAGAAAUAAUUGUACAUCGACGAAAGUACAGGUCAAUCUAAAGCUUAAGUAACGAUCCGUGUAUACCUGAUAUCCCUUUGUAAUGUACACUACGUCUAAUUUAUAAAGCUAGAAUAUUUUGAGUAUUCUAUGUAUUUAAGUUGAUAUACAGUAUUUAUAUGCAUUGUUAUGGUUAAUUUCUAUUCACCUGUCGGCGUUUUAAAAAAUGUGUCAACUUGACUGUGGAUGACUGUAAACGACGUUUUUUUUGUAUGAAAAAAAAGAGUGCAGAAACGUAACACUUUGACAUUCCUGAAAGAGACGAAGAAAAAAAAAACGAACGAACGCUAGCAGCGUGAUUUGUGUUGCUAGAAGGAACCGACAGUUAAUCUCCUGACCGCCAGUAACCAGCAAGAAAUGAUGCGCCAACAC